UCUGCUACAUUCACACUCAUAACUUGUGGCCAUUUGUUUAAAAAAGCUUCGAAUUAGGAUUUAAGUUAUUAAAACUAAUAUAGUCGAUAUUUUUGAAUUAUUGUUGAUGUAUUAAAGAUAUAAUAGAUAAUUCACAGGUAGAAAAUUUAAAAAACUAUAGGUGCAAUUUUUAAAAAUAUUUUUUUCUUAUAAUUUAUCGUUUUUAAAAAAAUCUAACAAUUAUUAGACGUCGACUAAAUUUAGUAUCAAAAGAAAAUUUCAUAUUUUAUUAAUAAAAUACAAAUAUAUAUUUUUUUUACGAGUGAAGUAUAGGAAUUAAUCAGUGUUACUUAAUAAUUAAUAAUGAACAAUGAUAGUGAAUAUUAAAAAUGAAUGACCAAGUAUUUCUUGCCCUCGUAUGAUAAAUUACUUGAAGAUAUCAACGAUCCUGUCAUUGUCGGCGACAACAACAAGACGAUUCAGCGACUGUAUGUUGCAGACGGUCCUUGCCCCAAAGUGAUUAUUGAGGAACCACUUGAUUUGGCUCGGACAAGUGGACUAUGGUUCAAGGACGGGAGUAGUGGUGGUGCUUCGGACGAUUUACAGAAAUGCGUAACACAAGUUUGGUUUUCACCUAACGAUAAGGGUGUAUCGGAGGUUGUUUCUACUAGUAUUUUCACGACAACCAACGAUGAAUUAAAAACCGUAGCUGAUGUAAUUGUAAGUAAUAAUAAUGCAUUCUUGUUUGAUGUCCAUGUACCAAUUACGGGACAUAGCUAUCGAGAAAGUUGGAAUCUUGCAAUGGAUUAUGACAAUUACGCAAUAACUUGGACCUGUUCCUAUAAUGGAACUAUGCGUACGGAGAACGCUGCGAUUUAUACUCGAGAACGAAAUCCAACUAUGAAUCUCCUAAGAAUAGCGCAAGAAGCAUUCGAUCGCUAUGGUCUCAUAUUGCCUGAUAUGAUCAGAAUUGAUAACCAAAAUUGUCCUUAA